CUGUAUUCCCUGAUCUUUACCCUCCGAUAGCCAAACUUUAAGUUAACUUUUUUUGUUCUAUUCUAGUGUACAAUAAAAAUGGGUCGCGUUAGAACGAAGACUGUUAAGAAAGCUGCACGACUUAUUAUUGAAAAAUAUUAUAUGAGAUUAACUCUUGAUUUUCAUACAAAUAAGAGGUUAUGCGAAGAAAUAGCUAUAAUUCCAAGCAAGCCAUUGAAAAAUAAAAUUGCUGGAUUUGUUACUCUUCUUAUGAAGAGACUUCGCCAUAGUCAAGUACGUGGAAUCUCUAUAAAAUUACAAGAAGAAGAACGAGAACGAAGGGAUAAUUAUGUGCCUGAGGUUUCUGCUUUAGAGCAUGAUAUUAUAGAAGUUGAUCAAGAAACAAAAGAAAUGUUAAAGAUGUUGGAAUUUACUAAUAUUCCAGGACUUCAAAUCACUCCACCCACACCACAUGGAUUUAGACGUGCUUAAUAAAACUUGUGUACACAUUAAAAAUAUAUUGUCUUUAUUACAUUUCAAAUAAAGAUAUCAAAUGGAAAUUA